AUGAUGACAGUUGAACAGUUUGUGUCGAAGACGCUUGAGCUUCUUCAAGAGGAAAGGGAGGCUGAAAUAGAUGAAACCAGGGUAUGGCAGGAAAACAUCUCUCCGAAGGAUCUUCAAAAUAAAGGAGUAUGUCUGUUGAAACUGCAGAUAGGAAGUCAGUCCACAGGCCUGUAUGGACGCACAGUUGUCGUCCUAGAGCCAAGAAAGCAUCUUGGUUUUUUAUCUCUUCCGAGCAACAGCUUUGGACCUGGGGACAUAGUUGGCCUGUAUGACAGUGGUGGAUGCACUGCAGCCUCUCAGGUUGGCACAGGGAUAGUGACGAGAGUCACCCAGGCAGCUGUAAGUGUGGCCUUUGACAACGCAAAGGAUGAGCUCAGUGUUGAUACAGAUGCUCUUUACAAUCUCCUGAAGUUGGCAAAUGAUGUGACUUACAAACGAAUGAAACAUGCCUUGAAUGCAUUAAAUGGACACUGCAAUGGACCAGUUGCAAAUUUGAUAAAUGUUCUCUUCGGAGAAUCAAAACCCUCAUCUCAUGCACAGCCAAAUAAAGUGGAAUUCUUAAACUCAAACCUGGAUGAGUCCCAGAGAGAGGCUGUGUCCUUUGCUCUGGCUCAGAGAGAACUGGCUGUGAUUCAUGGACCACCAGGCACUGGGAAAACCACCACAGUGGUGGAGAUCAUUCUGCAAGCCGUCAAACAAGGCCAAAAGAUCCUGUGCUGUGCCGGCUCUAACGUGGCUGUGGAUAAUUUAGUGGAGAGGUUAGCCCGAUGCAAGGCAAAGGUUCUGAGGCUGGGUCAUCCUGCCAGACUGCUGGAGUCCAUACAGAAACACUCACUGGAUGCCAUCCUCGCUAACAGUGACAACGCAAACAUCCUAGCUGACAUCCGUAAAGACAUCGACAAGGCUUUUAUGGGAAUGAAGAAAAAGAGUGAAAAAGGAGAGCGGAUGAACUUCAGAAGGGAAGUAGGAGAGCUAAGAAAGGAGCUGAAAACCAGGGAAGCAACAGCCAUCGCCCAGAUCCUGAAAAAAGCUGACGUUGUCUUAUCAACCAACACAGGUGCUUGUGAUAAUGGCCCUCUGAAGUACCUGCCAGCAGAGCAUUUUGAUUGGGUGGUGAUAGACGAGUGCGCUCAGGCCCUGGAAAGCAGCUGCUGGAUCGCCCUGCUCAGAGCACGCAAGUGUAUACUGGCAGGAGACUACAAGCAGCUACCACCUACUAUCAAAUCACAAAAGGCUGCAUCAAAAGGCUUGUCUCUUAGUCUUAUGGAGAGGCUCAUCCAGAUGUACGGGGACUCAGUGGUCCGAAUGCUAACAGUACAGUACCGCAUGAACAGUGCCAUCAUGGAAUGGGCAUCCAAAGAGAUGUACCAGGGAAGACUAACAGCUCACAGCUCAGUGGAGAGACACUUGUUAAAAGAUCUACCGGGAGUCACCUGUGUUGAAGAGACCAGCACACCACUUCUUCUGAUUGAUACAGCAGGCUGUGGUUUGAGUGAAAUGGAGGUCACUGAUGAGCAGUCCAAAGGCAAUCAAGGUGAGGUUGACAUUGUUGAACUACACAUAAAGGCCUUGACCGAAGCUGGGGUUAAAGCUAAAGACAUAGCUGUUAUUGCACCGUACAAUUUACAAGUUGAUCUUCUGCGUCAGAAACUUUCCUCAAGGCAUCCAGAGCUAGAGAUCAAGUCAGUGGAUGGAUUUCAGGGCAGAGAGAAAGAAGCUGUGGUGCUAUCAUUGGUUCGGUCCAACAGGAAAGGUGAGGUUGGAUUUCUGGCAGAGGACAGAAGGAUAAAUGUGGCUGUUACACGUGCGAGACGUCACAUUGCUGUGGUGUGCGACACCCAAACAGUUCAGAAUCAUGCUUUCCUGAAAUCCCUAAUCAAUCAUAUGACUGAAUUCGGCGAAGUCAGAACAGCUUUUGAGUACAUCCAGGACAUCGUACCACAAAACUACGUCCGUGAUCACAAAGACACAAAGCCCAGUACAUCUGCCAGCAGCUCCACGUCGGCUAAACAGAAGGUCAGAGAUCAGCCUCCCAGCAAAACAAAACAAGGCCAGAAGAAAUCCACUGGUAGCAGCAGUAAGGAAGAUAAUAAGAAGCAAGAUAAGCAAACAAAGUCGAGCACAUCCACAAUGACAGAAGAGGAACAGAACAAGAGCAGAUCCGCUGAGAUCAGACAGCAGGUGGAGAGCUUUCUGAAGGAUUUCAAUCAGAGUGAGCUACUGUUUCCAUCAUCGUUUAACUCGCAUGACCGCCUGCUGGUCCACGAGAUCGCUGAGGAGAUGGGCCUUGUGCAUGAGAGCAAAGGAGAAGGGAAAGACAGGUGUAUCACUGUCUCAAGACCAGCUGAGGAACCAACACAAGCAAAGGAAGAGGAGGAAGAGGAAGAAGAAGGAGAAGAAGAAGCGGCAACUCAGGAAGAGGAAACUACCCCAAAUCCCCAAAAAGCUCCGUUGUGUCAGCCCCCAUUAGAUUUGAAAAGUUUACAUUUGGAGCGAAUGAAGAGGGAACAACAGAAAAGGGAAGAAAACGCUCAACAUAAAAAGCAACAGAACAACAUCCCACUAGCUCAAGCACAAUCUUCAAAGAAGGCCAAGUCUAAAGGUUUGCAGUACAAACAUCUAUUUUGUGUCUGCUUUGUGAAACAUUUGUCAGAUAUCUUUUUAACAAGUAACUGUUGUCAUUCCCCUCCAGGGAAGAACCGAACCAAGGCAGGCGCAUGUGACAUUGCUGCCGCCGCCGCUGCAGACGACGACUUCGACUCACUUAUCAGCGCUGUCAUGAAGGCUGAAAGUGUGUGUAGCUUUGUCAAGUGUAAAGCCUCUGUGCUGACCCUCGGACAGCUCUGCAUCUUUUGCAACAGGCAGUAUUGUCUCAGUCAUCACAUACCAGAGGUUCAUGGUUGUGGGGAUAAAGCCAAGUCUCAUGCUCGGAUGAGAAUAAGCAAGGAGGGUGUUCUUUAUGCUGGCAGCGGGAAGAAAGACAAAUCCAUGGACCCCAAUAAGAAAGCCUAUCUGCAAAGGAAGCUGGACUCUAAACUGAAAGAUAUGGCCACACAGAGGAAAGUAAAAAGCAAAGAGAAGGAUAGUCAACAAUAACAAAUAAACCCUGUAAUGUAGCAGAUUUGAAGCCUGUUCAGAAAAAAUUAAACUAUUCAAAUACU